AUGGCUGAGUAUGAGGCUUGCAUCCUGGGUCUCAAAUUGGCACUUGAUAUGGGUGUUUGUGAAUUAUUCAAAAAAGUUAAUUUCAGACAUAUCCCUCGGAUACAAAAUGAAUUUGCAGAUGCUUUGGCCACUAUAUCUUCCAUGAUUCAACACCCAGAUCAGAGUUACAUUGAUUCUUUGGAAAUAAACUUGAAGGAGCAACCCGCGCAUUGUGCAUACGUGGAAGAGGAGCCUGAUGGAAAGCCUUGGUACUAUGAUAUUAAGAGGUAUGUGGAAUCCGAAAUAUAUCUUGAAGAGGCCAGUAACAACCAAAAGAAUACAAUCCAGCGUUUGGCAAAGAACUACUUUCCAAGUGGGGAAAUUCUUUUUAGGAGGACUCCUGAUUUGGGAUUCCUUAGAUGUGUCGAUGCUGCGGAAGACAAUAAUUGA